AUGCUUGAGUCACUCGUCGCGAAUGUGUUGAACAGGGUUUUGGGGGCUUAUGUAUCUAACUUAGAGAAUAACCAAUUAAAUAUUGCUAUAUGGUCUGGUGAUGUCGUAUUGAAGAAUUUACAACUGAAGAAGGAAGCUUUGGAUAAAUUUGAUCUACCUGUUGAUGUAUUGGAAGGUUAUCUUGGUGAAUUGACAUUGAAUAUCCCAUGGGCCAAUCUAAGGAAUAAACCAGUCAGAGCUCUAGUUAAAGACGUCUAUUUAUUAGCUGUGCCUAAGGCUGAAUCUGAGUAUGAUCCAGUAGAGGAGGAACGACGUGCCCAGCAAUUGAAACAAGAAAAGUUGGCUAAUGCUGAACUGUUAGCCGCACAGCCGUCUGAAGACGGUGAUGAUAGUAAGAAUCAAUCGUUUGUGAAUUCACUCGUCACUAAGGUCGUCGACAAUCUACAGAUAUCGAUCAAGAACAUACACAUCAGAUAUGAAGAUAGGCUUAGUGAUCCAGGCCAUCCAUUCGCAAUCGGAGUGACUCUUUCAGAAUUAUCUGUCGUGUCUGCUGAUGAAAAUUGGGUGCCUACAUUCAUUGAGAAUGAGACAAAAGAGAUUCGAAAGUUACUCACUCUAGGCUGCUUGGCUGUAUACUGGAAUACAGAUACGACAUCGUUAGCCGGACAUGCUUCAAACGAAGCAAUUAAAUUAUUUAAUAGUCUGAUUGCAUCUGGGAAUAAUAGUAUUGAUCACCAGUAUAUUCUGAAACCAGUCUCAGGAGAAGGACGUCUUACUAUGAGCAAAGGGCAUGAUCCAAACGUCCCAAAAAUAAAUUCUACUCUCUUAUUUGACCAAUUAGGCUUUGUCCUAGAUGAUGAACAGUACAGGGAUGCGUUAUUAAUGGUCGAUUUGUUCCAUUUCUUUCUGAGACAACAACAAUAUCGUAGAUUUAGACCUCCAAAAGAAGUAACGCCAAAAUCAAAUCCAAGAGCUUGGUUCCAAUUUGCAGGCAAAUGCAUUCUAUCAGAGAUACAAGAACGUAAUCGCAAAUUUACCUGGAAUUAUAUCGCAGAACGUCGACUACAAAGAAUAGAAUAUCUCGAUCUUUAUACCAAAAAAAUGCUCGACCGCCUCACUCCAGAGGAUGCUGCAAAGUUGGAACAAUUGGAAAUAAAGCUCUCUUACGAAGAUAUCAGAUUUUACAGAUCAAUAGCCAGGAGUAAGCUACGCAAAGAAAAGGCACUCAUAGCCAAAAAACGAGAAAUAGAAAAACAAGAUAAACGCGGUCGUUCUGGAUGGCUGAGUAACUGGUGGUAUGGCGGUGGUUCAUCAGGGGGAAAUGAGAAUGAGACUAUAUUGACCGACGAACAAAGAAAAGAACUUUAUGAUGCUAUAGAAUACGAUGAAACGGCAGCAGUCACUGAAGCGGUUGAGAUACCCAAGGAUUCGAUUCAACUGCAAUUCAGUACUAUACUGAAAAUAGGAUCCUUUGCAUUAAAGAAAAAUCCGCAUGGGAAAAAGCAUACCAUCCUAUCGUUGGUGUUUGAUACAGUCACAACUAAAUUUCUGCAGAGACCUACGUCAUUUGCGCUCGAAACUGCUCUGGGCAGUCUAGCCGUGUACGAUGGAUCAACAGAGGGCACCCAGUAUCCACAGAUAGUCCGAGUUAAAGAGGACCUCCGGGCCGGAAAAGCCAUAGAAGAAGCACAGGCGACUAGCGUGAUUCAGGAACACGACAUUACACCCGCAGAAGGGCAUGUUCCCGAAAACCCCUUCUUUCAACUGAUGUUCGAAUCCAAACCAAUCGACAACCGUGCUGAUAAUGCUUUCUCCCUGAAAAUGAAGCAUCUUGAGAUCAUAUAUAAUAAAAACGCGAUCGAUGCCGUCCAAGACUUUUUCAAACCACCAGAACAGCAGAUGGAAUCUAUCGCAGUGUUGAUCGAAGCUGCUGGAGAUAGGUUUGAAGGGAUUAAAGCUCAAACACGCGCCACGUUAGGACAUGCUUUCGGGUAUGCUUUAGAAGAGCACAAGACGAUGGAUGUGGAGAUUGACAUGAAUGCACCGAUUGUGAUUAUACCAGAGAGCUGUACCAGGAAAGAUGCCGAAGUUAUUGUGUUGGAUGCUGGUCGUAUUAGCGUUGUGAGUAAUUUGGUAAAAAAAGAAAUAAUUGCAGAAAUCAAGUCGAAGGCGGCAGAUACGUAUAGUGAUGAGGAUCUGGAAACUUUAAUGUAUGACAGAUUUUCUGUGCAGUUAUCAUCUACUCAGCUUCUCGUAGGCCACUCUGCCGAAAGUUGCCUAGCUCAAAUUCGUAACGUAAGCACUACUUAUGACCUCCAUGUAAUCGACCGCAUCAACAUCAACUUCCUUGUGGAACUUUCUAUUCUACCUUCCGCCCCUAAUAUCGCUCGUGUCCGCGUUUCUGGCAAUUUACCAUUACUUCAAGUCAACCUCUCCGAUCGCAAAUACAAAACCAUCAUGAAGAUUGUGGAUUUAGUCACAAAAAAAGAUGAUGCGGCAGGAGAAGAUGUUGUAAAAUACAUGGAAAAAAGGAAAGCGAGUAGUCCUGGCAGUGGGAAAGGGACUAUAUCAGGCAAAGGCAGUUUAAGAGGGAAUGAAGCUAAAAAAUCAUGGGAAUUGGCCAAGCACAGGGAUUCUAUGGCAAUUUCGGAAAAGUUUGGUUUGGGUCGGGGGUUAGCGGAUCUUUUGAUUGAUAGUGAGAGUGAUGGCGAAGGUGAAGAAAGCAAGGCAGAAGAAAAUACUGACGAGUUCUUUGACGCUGUUGAAAGUGAAAUUCCUCAGUCCGCAAAACUAAACCAACGCCUAUUCGAAUUCAAAUUUCAAGUCGAUAAAGUAUGCGCUUACCUCAAAAAAUCCGAUAAAGAUUAUGAAAAGCCCGAAACUGUUCUUGCCGAUCUGUUGCUCGAACACUUUGCUCUUAGCUUUAUCCUCCGCCCGGUCGAGAUAUCAGCCGAAGUCACGCUGGAGUCGUUCUUUAUCGAAGAUAAAAUUACUGAAACGCGAUCUGAAUUCAAACACAUUGUUUCAUCGAAAGGGGAAGCAGACGGAAAAAAUGAUGGGGGAAAUCUGGUUCAUGUUAGAUAUACAAAGGUGGAUCCGCAGCAUCCAGAGUAUAUGUCGAGAUUUGAAGGGAUUGAUCAGAGUGUGGAUGUUGUAUUGAGGACUAUUACGAUUGUCGUAACCAGGAAGAGUAUUUUAACGCUUUUGGAUUUCGUUCUUGAUACGUUUACUACGCCAAAUAAUUCUCCGGCUGUUAGUACUCCAUCGAGCAAUGAAUCACAUGAUGUACAAAAACAACGAAAACCUCGGAAACAAGCAAGUACAAUGCGAGUUAAAGUCCAAUUGACUAGCAUUGUAUUUAUACUCAAUAACGACGGAACACGCUUAGCCACUGGCUCGCUGGAGCGAGCAGACGUAGCCGUAAUGUUGCGCAAAGACACGCUCCGCGUCGGUGCUCGCUUGGGCAACUUUUCUUUACUCGAUGAUACUAACAGCUCACCUAAUAUCCGUCAAUUGCUAACCAUACAAGACGAGAACUUGGCCGAUUUCCGAUAUGAAACGUUUGAUGAAAACGAACCGGGUUAUCCCGGAUAUGAUUCGUCAGUAUAUCUUCGUGCUGGGUCGGCUAGACUCACUUUUCUCGAGGAGCCAGUUAGAUUGUUGGCUGAAUUUGGGAGUAAAUUUGCGCAGAUGAAAGGAUUAUAUGAUUCUGCUCGUCGCGCUGCUGUUGAACAAGCCGCGCAAUUGCAGAAGGAAGUGCAAAAAUUUCAUUUUGAUAUUGAGAUACUUGCUCCUAAUGUCGAAUUUCCGAGGAGCAUGUCCAAGGACAGUGUUGUCGCUAAUUUAGGUCAAUUCUCUGCGUUGAAUGAAUUUGUUAACAACUCUAACGGAAAUGGAUAUUUGACACGAAUUACAGCCGGAAUCAAAGACAUUCGCUUAACUUCGAACUUUUUCUCCGACAGCGGAAACAAACAAGUACUGCAGAUUAUCGAUGAUGUUGAUAUUACGUUCAAAGUACAGUAUUCUCAACAAGUGGGGGGGUCGAAUAUGGAAAUAACUGGGCAUAUGUCUGAUGUCAAGAUGAAAUUAACAGAGAAGCAGUACAAGGUCUUGUUUGAGCUGUCGAACCAAGUCGCUCGUGCAUUCAGUGGAGGUGAAGCAGUUGAAGAUGGUAAUGGACCGUCUUUGAGUGCAUAUGAUGGGACCGCCGAGUCUACGCCUGUGCCGUCUUCGCCAGUAGUUAUAUCCCCCACUACUGAAGCACUUUCAGAUAAGCCUGAGCUAAAACUAUCCACGACAUUUAAUGUCAAUCAAAUAUAUCUUGAAAUAUUUGCUAAGGAUGAAUUGCAAGCGGACUCGUCGGACGGGAAAAGUCUAUCAAAGUUUUCACUGAACAAGACUGAUUUUAAAUGUAAAAUACUUACUGACGACACUAUUGAUGCGGAAUUGCGACUCCAGUCGGUGACCUUGAGUGAUACUAGACCUAACAUUAAGAAUGUAUUCAGAGAGAUAUUACCAGCUAUCAAUAAGGAUGAACCGCAGUUUCUAGUUAGUCUAAGCAUGUCAGGCGGGGCGGAACGUAAUAUUAUUGCACUAGCUACAAUUGAUAGUCCCCGAAUGAUAUUUGCUCUCGAUUAUCUGUUUGCGCUUAAAGACUUCUUCCUGAGUCCGUUUGUAUCAGAUAGUAAUAAUUCAACGCAACACAAGCAAAUACCCGAGUCACCAGAAGAGACAGCACCAACCCCGCCUUCUAAACCGUCUCGUCCGUCUAAUCAAUCCACUUCAUCUGCAUCCAAGUCGACAACGCUUAACUAUCGUGUAAAUUUGAAAUGUGCAGAAAUAAUUCUACUUGCCAACCCACAAAUUGAAAGCACGGAAGCAGUUAUUCUUUCUGCAAAUCAGAUAGUACUCACACAGCAAAGUAUAAUGGCAUUAUCAAUCGAUGAAAUAGGCAUGUUUUUAUGUCGUAUGGAUAAACGAGAGGCUACAUUACUGCGAUUUAUCGACAACUUUAGAGUUUCGCUCACACUUGACAACAACCCAUCGGCCGAGUAUAGUCGAUCAACCAGCAUUAUGAUUGAUGUUGGACCGCUGGUCAUGCGAAUGUCUUAUAGAGACGUUAUGUUACUAAUGUCGAUUUUGAAUAAGAUAUCAGAAUUAUCAUCUCAGUCAUCAUCUGCAAAGUUUAAAGAAAUUACAGAUGAGAAAACAGUAGAGUUGGUUAAGGAAUCGUUAAAGGCCGGAUUUCAGGGAUUGAAAUUGAUUCUGAUCGGAGAUGAACAUAAUAUUCCAAUGAUUGACAUGAAUGCAAAGGGGUUCGCUGUCAAUGUGAAUGAUUGGUCAUCCAAGAUGACAGUAGAUGCUGUUUUGGAGACUUACAUCAACUACUUUAAUCUGACUAAUUCGCACUGGGAGCCCUUGAUCGAACCAUGGCAUUAUAAAUUACAAGUAUCCAAGAAUCUUAACCCGGAGAGCAUGUCGAUCGAAAUAUUUUCAAAGAAACGACUGGAAAUUAAUAUAACUCACAUAUUCAUUGAGACAAUGUUGACCACGCUUUCUAUUCUUAAACGUGAAAAGGAGCAUGUGUUGAGCACGGCAAGAGAAUCACGAACUGCUUAUAAAUUGGUCAAUAGAACGGGAUAUAGCAUGCACGUAUGGAAAAUAUCAAGUGACGAUAAUACUGAUACAGAGAUACGCAUACUCGCAGAUGGCGAGGAGGUCAACUGGCGUUUUGAUGAUUGGAGAAUUGAAAGAGAGAGUCUUCCUUCCCCGUCUUCGACCAAGAACAUGCUUGGACUGCAAUUCGAAGGCUCAAACUGGGAAAGUAUAAAGGAUAUUCCUGUUGAUCGUGAAGGCGAAACAUUCUACAUACUCCGACCAAAACUGAGAGAAGUAUCACAUCGUCUGGUGGUCGACGUCAAGUUAAAUGAUAAUAUCAAAGUUGUGACUUUUCGAUCGGCAUUGGUUGUGGAGAAUAGAACCAUGUUGAAUGUGGAAAUGAUGAUAGUUGAUGCAAAUGAGAAGCAAGUGUCGGAUAUUUAUCACAUUGGACCAAAUGAUGACUGUCCUGUGCCGUUCGAAUCUUCAUAUCAUCAUCGUCUGAGAUUCCGACCUGAGGGCGGUUUUGGCUAUGAUUGGAGUUCUCAGAGUCUAUAUUGGCAAGACUUUAUCAGAAAAGAUACAAUCAAGUCUAUUUCAUGCGCAUCUACCGGUGAAGAUGUCCCAUUUAGAUUCCAAGUAUUUACAAGAUAUAAGAAGGACAACGCGCGCGCCAUGACGUAUCCAUGCAUGUCGAUUCGUCUGUCUGCACCAAUAGAGAUAGAAAAUCUUCUUCCAUAUGAUGUCAAGUUCCGCAUUUAUGAUAAGACAACUAAACACGAUUGGCCGAAUAACCCUUUGAGUAAAGGAGGAAGUACCGCGUUGCACUUGAUUGAAUUGGGACAUUUGUUACUUUUGAGUGUUGAGGUAUUGGACACUGAUUAUAAACCAUCCGAAUUUGCAAUUAUUAGCUCUCCAAAUGAAGAUUAUCACGUAGAUAGCACUCUUACAGUCGAGGAUCCAGAGGGAUUGAAACUAAAUCUUAAAAUACACUAUACUGAGAUUCCAGAUUCAGGAGGCGCCUUCAAAUUCAGUAUUUAUAGCCCAUAUGUGAUGAUGAAUAAAACAGGUCUGGAUAUGACGUUUAAGAGCAAGUCACUCUUCCAGAAUGCUAAGAUUGCUGCUGGUCAAGGAUGGCUAUCCGGACGGCGUAGGAAUCAAACGGUUAAGCCAUAUAUGUUCUCUUACCCGAGUGAUGAAACAAGGAAUCGAGCAUUACUUAAAGUUGGAGAUUCGGACUGGAGUAGUCCUUUAAGUUUUGAGGCUGUUGGGAGUGUUAUGGAAGUCGUAAUACCUUCUCAAUCACGAGACGAUGAGAUACACAUUGGCGUUAGCAUCGAAGAGGGACAUUCGAAAUAUAAAUUGAUAAAAGUCGUAACAUUCACUCCGCGUUUCAUCCUCAAAAAUAAUCUUAACGAAGAUAUCGAUUUCCGAGACGUGUAUUCCAAUAAUGCAAUUUUAUUAAAGUCAAAAGAUAGAGCACCUCUACAUUUCUUACAUAGGGGAGACGUGAAGCAGCUCUGUUUUUCGUAUCCUGGGAACCCAUGGUCUGCACCAAUUAACAUUAAUGAUAUCGGAAGAAUACAUCUAAAACUUGCGAGGGCCGAUAGAGAAAUUCAUCUACUGAGAAUUGAAAUUCUAUUGGAGCAAGCAACCGUUUUUCUGGUCCUUAACAGAGAAGAAGGAAAAUGGCCAUAUAGAAUAGAUAAUCACUCCAACGUUGAUGUUGUAUUCUAUCAACAAACUCCUGAUCGCCGCGAAUCAGGCUCCAGUACAAGUCUCUAUGCACCCAAAAAAUAUGGUCUCCCAGCAGGCAGUUCAGCAGUAUAUUCAUGGGAUUUUCCAGCACUGAAAGAGAGGAAGUUGAUUUUAAAUGUCAAUGGUACGGAACGAACAGUUAACAUACAAGAAAUUGGAACUCUUGUUCCGUUCAAGGUUUCGCGUCCCGAUGGAGUUCAUAUACUCUCCCUCGAAGUCGCUGCAGAUGGUCCUAUGCAGGUAUUACUGCUUAGUAAUUAUAAGCAGUCAAAAAGCAUGUACAAGCCCCGUCCUGCAUCAGUAGCGUCAGUCGCGAAAAGCGAAAAUGGAAGUUCAAAGGACGCCUUUGAAAUUAUAGAUGUUGAUUCUGUAACUACUCUCAACUUCCAAAUCAUACUAGAGGGUAUUGGAAUUUCUGUCGUUAACAAGAGAAUGCAUGAAUUAUCUUAUAUAUUACUACGUGGUUUGGAGUUUUCGUACAGCGAUUCCACGCUUUAUCAGUCACUACGUUUUGUAGUAAAAUGGUUACAGAUUGACAAUCAGCUCUACGGUGGUCUGUACCCAAUCAUCUUUUACCCAACAAUUAUACCUAAAGAAGGGAAAGAGAUCGAAGCCCAUCCUACCUUUAACGCGACUCUUAUCAAAUCGAAAGAUGAAUCUCACGGAGUCGUAUACUUUAAAUACUUUUCGAUGCUGUUACAAGAAAUGACUUUUGAAAUAGAUGAAGAUUUCUUAUUCGCAUUACUGGAUUUCAUGAAACUAAAAGGAUUAACCGCUGAAGAGGAUGAUCUGCAGCUGUUUGAUGGAAAUAUGGAUGUUCCGGAACCAAAGUCUAUGGAGGGAGAUGCACAAUAUUAUUUUGAGAUAAUGCAUAAUCAGCCAAUGAAAAUUAACAUAUCUUUCGUGAGAACCGAAAGGAUUAACGUUGAGGAUAAACCUCCGCCACGGAAUCCAGUCAUGUUCUUCUUCAAUAUUUUGACGAUGGCCAUUGGAAAUAUCAAUGAUGCUCCAAUAAAACUAAACGCUUUGGCGAUGGAAAAUAUGCGCGUUAGCCUUCCAGUACUCAUCGAUCGCAUUCGUCGGCAUUAUGGCCAAGAAUUCCUCUAUCAAAUCCAUAAAAUCAUUGGAUCGGCUGAUUUCUUGGGUAACCCGGUUGGACUGUUUACUAAUAUCAGUUCUGGUGUGAUGGAUGUAUUUUACGAACCAUAUAACGGAGUUGUUAUGAGUGGACCGAACGAGCUCGGGUUUGGAAUUGCGAGGGGAGGUCUCAGCUUUGUAAAGAAAACCGUCUAUGGUCUCUCCGAUAGCGUUGCCAAAUUUACCGGUAGUAUCGGGAAAGGACUCUCUGCUGCGACAUUGGAUAAAUCCUAUCAAGAUCGUCGCCGUAUGGCACAAUUCCGAAAUCGUCCCAGACAUGCACUCUAUGGCAUCACCCAAGGGGCAAAUGCGCUUGCAACUAGCGUUGGAAGCGGCAUUGAAGGAUUGGUUAGGAAGCCGAUCGAAGGUGUUGAGAAAGAAGGAGCAGCUGGCUUGUUGAAGGGUGUUGGAAAAGGAAUUGUUGGGUUUGUUACUAAACCAGUCGUCGGUGUAUUUGAUUUGGCAAGUAAUGUUACUGAAGGUAUUCGAAAUACAACAACCGUAUUUGACGAAGGCGAAUUAACUCCAGUUCGACCACCUCGCUUUGUUGGGCGCGAUGGUAUAUUAAAACCUUACAAUUGCCGUGAGGCUGUCGGCCAACGAAUGCUUAAAGAACUCGAAAGCGGCAGAUACUUUAAUGAUGAUUACCUUGCUCAUAUUGAGCUCAAAGGCGAUGAUAUGAUAGCAAUGCUUACUCGAUCACGAAUAAUGCUUAUUAGGAGUAAGCGGUUGAAAGUAGAAUGGGAAGUGCAGUUUUCGGAUCUUCAGGCGGUUUCAAUGCAACCGUCAGGGAUUUUGCUGAUGUUGAGAAAUGGAACACCAGGACCGUUUAUUCCUAUUGCAGAUCAAAACGUGCAGCAUUGGUUCGAGAGAAAAGUAGAAGAAUCGAUCUCAAAAAACUCCAAAAUGCUUAAUCUGAUUAACUACCGUCUACGAAUCACACUGAUUGAUUCGCGAGUAUUGACGGGUCAGAUGCUUGCCUUUGACAAGCAUAUGAAUCUAGUAUUAGCAGAUUGCGAAGAAUUUCGAAAGAUCAAGCCAAAGUCAGGAUCGAAAGUACCACAGGGACAACCUGAGCAAGAAGAGAAACGGACAUUGGGAUUGGUGAUUUUGAGGGGAGAGACUAUCGUUAGUUUGAGUGUCGAGGGACCGCCACCACCCAGUGCUGAUGAGUCAAAAGGAAAGUUGGCACAGUUACCUGGUGGACCAGGUGUUGGUCGGCCAGCCGGUAGAGGACUGCCUGUUGCUCCGCCGGGAGUAGCGCCUGCAGGUCUUACAGGUCCAGUACGCGGAGUUGGAGGCCCCGCACCAGGAAUGAUGCAACCAAGAGGUCCAGCACCUCCUGCUGCUGCUGCGGCACCCGUAUCGUACGGCAGACCACCCAUGCCAGGGCAGAUGCCACCGCCCGGAAUGCCACCGCCCGGAAUGCCACCGAGACCGGGGAUGCCGGGUGGGCCUCCUAUUGGAUUCAGACCUGGAAUGCCACCAGGAAUGCCGCCUGUGGGAAUGCCUGGAUUUAGGCCACAGGGUGGUGCUCCACCUCCAGGAAUGCGAGUGCCCGGUGCUCCACAACAAUUUCCACCACCUGUUGGUGGCCGAGGAAUGCCAGCUUUUCCUGUACCUGGGCAAGCGCCACCACAAGGAUUCCGACCUCCUCCACAAAUGCGUCCUCCUCCUGGUCAACAAAACCAAGGCCGUGGACAGUGA